UUCUUUCCCACAAUCAAAUUGUUUGGAAUUUGAAAAAUUUUCAAUAUUCAAAUUCUUUUGUGUGUGUGUAUGAGGUUCACAGGCAAUCACGCAAAUCAAUCCAGCCAACCAGCCAUUAUAAAUGAAUUAAAGUUUGAAAAAAAUUCCUUUCAAUGAUUAUUGUCUUGUCUUGUUGAUCGUUAUGAUCAUCAUUUUGUGUAAUUCUCAUUCUGGACGACGACCACGAUAUAUAUCAUCAUAUUGAAAAUAUAUUUUGUUUGUCUAAAAUAUCUUUAAAAACAAAGAAAUAUUUAUGACCGACAAGAAACUUUUUUUUCGUAUAUGUCAGUCGAUUUAAAUUGGUUGUGUGGUGUGUGGGUGGGUGUCAUCAUCAUCGAUCAUCAAUCAUUCGAUCGCGCGUAUGCAUCGAUGAAAAAUAAAAAAAAACACACAUAUUGAAAUUCACAUAGUGGUCGACAUUUCAAGUGUGGCGACAAACACAACAAACAGACAUUUGUUUGUGUUUGUUCGUUACAUUGUUGCUUUUAUCAUUACACAUGUCAUCAAUUAUCUUUUUUUCCAAUUGUUUUUAUUUCGCGUGUGUAAAUAUCAUCAUCAUCAAACGUUGUUGUUUUGUCUGAUCAUCAAUAGAUAUUGAUGCUGCUAAAAAACUGAUCGAUUAUAGUGGGAAAAGUUUUUUUUACGACAGAAAAACAAAAAACUCCAUUUGAAUUAUGUGAAAGUAUCGUUGUGAAUAACCAAUGUAGUAGAAAAAACAACAACAACAACAACAGAAUCUUAUUCGCUUGCCCAGGUGUUGAAAGUUUUUUUAAUAGCCUAAAUUUGAGUGAUCAUCAUCAUCAGCGAUCUACUAAAAACAAAAAAAAAUUCAACUAUUGAUCGAUGAUCGAUCAUGAUCGACAAUAUUUAAUGAUGACAUCCGAAUGUGUUAGUUUCCAUCAUUGGAUCAUGCUAUCAUGGUGUUAUAAUAAUAAAAAUGAUGAAAACGAUGAACAUAUGGAUCAUGAUCACCGUCGACGAUUAUCAAACAUUUUAAUUCAUAUGAUCGAUCAUCAAUUGAUGGCUGCAAUGAUGAUAGGCUUAACAACAACAACAUCAACAACAAAAACAAAAAUGGCCAUCGACAACGACAUUGAUCAAUCUAACAUAAUCCCAAUGGAUCAUUAUGAAAAACAAAAACAAAAAUUUUGUUGGGCAACAACAUUUAGAAAUGAUUCAUUCAUUGACCAACAAAGAUAUCAAAGAUAUUCACCACCAUUAUCAUCGUCAUCAUCAUCAUUAUUCAAAAUCAUCAUAAUAAUAAUGGCCAUUUUAUCACUAUCUACAAUUUCAGUAAUCGAUUGUAUCAAAGUAGUAUCAUUAAAUGUACCACCACAUGUACGAAAAGGAUCCGAUCUUCAGCUAUCCUGUUUAUUCGAUUUAGAUAAUGCAACACUUUAUUCAUUAAAAUGGUUUUAUCGAGCACAUGAAUGGGAUCGUGAUGAACAGGAAUUUUUUCGUUUUACACCGCGUCAUAAACCAUAUAAACAAGUAUUUCCAUUGGAUGGCAUUCAAGUUGAUCUAUCUAAAUCAAGCGGUUCAAUUGUCUAUAUUCGUCGUGCAUCAAGUAAAACAAGUGGCAAAUAUAAAUGUGAAAUUAGUGUCGAAGAAACAUUUCAAACGGUUGCUGCUGAAAAAUUAAUGACCGUUUUUAAUUCCAAUCAUUCACCAUUCAUCAACCAUCUAAUUGUCAAUUCAUUCAUAUUGCUCAACAUUUUAAUCAUUUCCAUAUGGAUUAUCCACUGACCAAAAAUUGAUAAUCAAUGAAUCAAUCAAUGUCAAGUGUUGUUAUUAUGGUUUAAUAAAUGGGAUUAAAUUGCAAAUCCAGAAACUUGAAGAAAAUUUCUUCUUUCUGGCCAAAUCAAUCAUUGCAUAUAUGAAUGUUGUGUAUAUCUGAUUUUUUGUUGUUGUAAAUAUGAAAAAAAUAAAAUUUCACUGUAUUAUAUAA